UGCCCGCAGCUGGUGGCAGACGAGAACGUGCGCGCCGUGGUCACCCUCAACGAGGAGUACGAGACCCGCUUCCUCUCCUGCUCCGCCCAGGAAUGGGAGGCAAUGGGAGUGGAGCAACUGCGUCUCAGCACCGUGGAUCUAACUGGAGUCCCCACCUUGGAAAACCUCCAGAAGGGUGUUCAAUUCAUAAUGAAACACCGAGCGUGUGGCAACAGUGUCUAUGUGCACUGCAAGGCAGGACGCUCCCGCAGUGCCACCAUGGUGGCAGCAUAUUUAAUUCAACUGCAUCACUGGAGCCCUCAGGAAGCAAUAGAAGCUAUUGCCAAGAUCCGUCCCCACAUCCUCAUUCGGCACAAGCAAGUCCAGGUCCUGGAGAUGUUUCACAGGAAUGUGAUCACUGAGACAACUGCAUAG